UAAACAAAAUAAAGACGGGUCGUUUUAACGGGGAAAACUCCCGGUAGUGUUUUUACUUCCCGCACGUAUACAGAGCCUGGGGCUCGCUGCUGACGGACCCGGUGUUUGGGCUCGGUUUGGACGAUAGGUUUACUCAAGUGACGCGUUUUUUUUGGUCGUUCCGGUUCGUGUCGACAGAAAGCGAAAAUAAGACACGAACAGAUCAAACAGAUACCGGAUCGAUAACCAGCCCAGAGGAGUGCGGCACGGGGUCAGCAGGUAACCUGAAGUGUGAUGGCCCGCAGGUGGAAGCGUUCAGCUGUGUUCGUGUUUAACCGGAAACCGUAAACAGUAAACAGAAACAAAGGUUAAAGACGUCACCGUUUGCCCGGUAACGACCCAAAGUCGGCUGAAUAACCUUCAUGUUGCGCUCACUUUUACCUUUUUCUUGUUUCAGGCCUCAAACGGGAAUUUCCAGGCAGCUGCCGUGACGUCACGACGCAACCGGUGACGCAGCGAAAAAACAUUUUUUAAACUUUUAUUUUUUUAUAUAUAUUAUUAAGUGGCGGGAGUGUUCCAACCAGGUGCUUUUUAUUUAUUGAUUGAUUUAUUACUGAUAUGUACAGCAGUUUAACAUGAUCACUUUAUCAGUUAUUGAUUAGUUGUUUCUGCUGGAUAUUGAUCUAUUGUUUUUGCUCUUUAUCGAUUAGCUGUUUGUGGACUCUACACCACAGCCAGCGAAUGGAUGCAUCUUAGAAACAACUGAUCAAUAUAACAGCUGAACAGUGUAGAUCAGAAAUACCUGACCCAUACAAACCACAAAUAACAAUCAAUGGAUGCCACAAAUUCAGAUCAGUAUACACCAAAACGCCCAAUCAGUAUCAAUGAUUUGUUCGCUACUGUUUAGUACUGAUGACCUGAUUGUUGAUUGAUCAAUAUAAAUCAGUCACAGCCAGAGUCUCUAGUGUGUAUAAACUGGCUGGUUAUGCUGUGUAUUGAUGAGUACUGAUUGACAGGCCCUUAGUUUUUUAAAGUAAGACUAACAUGCUUCUAAGAGAAAAUAAACUCUCAGAAAUGCCUCAGAUUUUCAAAGUAAAGGCCCUCAGUUAGGGUUUAUCAUACUUUAAGUUACUAGAUUUCCAAAAUAAAAAUCUGCUUCUUAUUGUAUCAGUAACAACUGCUGUCUCCUUUUUAGCUAAUCUAUUUACCUCCAAGUGUUUUAGCAGUAAACUCGACUGAUCGGGUUGUGUUGUGUAUUGAUCGUUGUUUCCCUUGAUGUUGAUCAGUUUGUGCUGUGUCUGCAGGAUCACCCGCAGCCUUCAGGAUGCAGAGCACCGCCAACUACCUGUGGCUGAUCUCAGACCUGCUCGGUCAGGGAGCGACGGCAAAUGUUUACCGUGGACGGCACAAGAAAACCGGCGACCUAUACGCUGUCAAGGUGUUCAACAACCUGAGUUUUCUGCGGCCGCUCGAUGUCCAGAUGAGAGAGUUCGAGGUGCUGAAGAAACUCAACCACAAGAACAUCGUGAAGCUGUUCGCUGUGGAGGAGGAGUCCAACACCCGUCACAAGGUCCUGGUGAUGGAGUACUGUCCCUGCGGGAGUCUCUACACUGUCUUGGAGGAGUCGUCCAAUGCGUAUGGACUCCCCGAGGACGAGUUCCUCAUUGUUCUCCAUGAUGUUGUGGCAGGUAUGAACCACCUGAGAGAGUACGGCAUCGUUCACCGGGACAUCAAACCGGGAAACAUCAUGAGGGUGAUCGGAGAGGACGGACGCUCCGUCUACAAGCUGACCGACUUUGGAGCAGCGAGAGAGCUGGAGGACGACGAGCAGUUUGUGUCUCUGUAUGGCACUGAGGAGUACCUGCACCCUGACAUGUACGAGCGCGCUGUGCUGAGAAAAGACCACCAGAAGAAGUACGGUGCCACGGUGGACCUGUGGAGCAUCGGCGUCACGUUCUACCACGCCGCUACCGGCAGCCUUCCCUUCAGACCGUUCGAAGGGCCGCGCAGGAACAAAGAAGUCAUGUAUAAAAUCAUCACAGAAAAGCCGUCCGGGACGAUCUCUGGCCAUCAGAAGUGUGAGAACGGGAAGAUCGAGUGGAGCACAGAGAUGCCGGUGUCCUGCAGCCUGUCAAAGGGUCUUCAGAGCCUCCUGACCCCAGUGCUUGCCAACAUCCUGGAGGCCGAUCAGGAGAAAUGUUGGGGCUUCGAUCAGUUCUUCGCUGAGACCAACGACAUCCUGCACCGAACCGUCGUUUAUGUCUUCAGCCUGCAGCAGGCCACACUGCACCACGUCUACAUCCAUGAGUACAACACGGCAGCGCUGUUCCAGGAACUGUUGUGCCGCAGGACCAGCAUCCCUCUGCAUAAUCAGGAGCUGCUUUACGAGGGCCGCCGCCUCGUCCUCGAUGCCAACCGCCAGGCCAAGACUUUCCCCAAGACCUCCAGAGAAAAUCCCAUCAUGCUCGUCAGCCGUGAGUCCGUCGCCACCGUGGGACUCAUCUUUGAAGAUCCCAGUCCUCCUAAAGUUCAGCCCCGCUAUGACCUCGACCUGGAUGCCAGCUACGCAAAGACUUUUGCAGGAGAUGUCGGCCAUUUGUGGAAAACUUCAGAGUCUCUGCUGCUUUAUCAGGAGCUGGUGCGGAAAGGAGUUCGAGGUUUAAUUGAGCUGAUGAAGGAGGACUACAAUGAGAUUAUGCGCAAGAAGUUGGAGGUUUUCCAUCUGUGUAACUUCUGCACACAGAUGUUGGAGAAGACCGAGCAGCUGUUCGAGGUGCUGAUGCAGGCCAACAUGCUGUCGUCAGAAUACGACGAGAUCUCAGACAUGCACAAGAAAGUUCUCAGAAUCUCCGGCUCUCUGGAGCCCAUCGAACGUACAACACAAGACGUCAAGAGUAAAUUUCUGCCUGGAGGCCUUCUGACCGACACUUGGACGCAGCAAGUUGGGACGCACCCUGAGGACAGGAAUGUGGAGAAGAUCAAAGUGCUGCUGGACGCCAUCACCGCCAUCUACCAGCAGUUCAAGAAGGACAAAGCAGAGAGACGUCUGCCGUACAAUGAGGAGCAGAUCCACAAGUUUGACAAACAGAAGUUGGUCCUUCACGCGAGUAAGGCCAGGACUCUGUUCACAGACGAGUGCGCAAUGAAGUACCGUCUUUUUAUCUCCAAGAGCGAGGAGUGGAUGAGGAAAGUUCAUCAUGUGAGGAAGCAGCUGCUAAACCUGUCCAGUCAGCUGAUCAGCAUCGAGAAGGAGGUGACCAUGCUGAUGGAGAGAGCGAUCAAGCUGCAGGAACAGCUGCCACAGAAAGUUCUUCCUCUGGUGUCCAGUGGCAUGAAGCCUCAGGCCUACCUGAGCCAGAACACGCUGGUGGAGAUGACUCUGGGGAUGAAGAAGCUGAAGGAGGAGAUGGAGGGAGUGGUCAAAGAGUUGGCAGAAAACAACCAUUUCUUAGAGAGGUUUGGCACUCUGACACUGGAUGGGGGCCUGAGAGGAUGAGUGGAGUCGUGUGUUGCUGCAGUUUGUACAUAUUCUGUGUGUUUACUGUGUAAAUAACGUCGGACUGUUGAAGACAAAGCUUUUUGUAUGAGUCUCUGGAAACUCUGGCUCAAUUGCUUCAGUGGCUUUAAAAGAAAAAGAUCGGAGAGGUUUUCAGCUAAGGAUCAGCGAAGGAAUGCAGAGCAGCUUCAUCCAAUCACAUCGCAAAGAGACCCUGAAACACCUUUGAGUAUUUAGGCGGACACAGCCGGGAACAACAGGUUUAGGGAGGGUUUAUGUCACAUUUGGAGUCAAAUACUUUCGGCUGCAGGUGUUAUUGGAAAUGAUGAAUGGAUUAAAGAUCACCACAGGUGUGUUUACGUUGUUCUGUAGUUUUUCACCUGAAGUGGAAUAUUUAAGAGAACAGUUUUAAUGGAUUAAAUGUUAAUGGUUUAAUGGGUAAAAAAUAAAUAAAACAAACGUUAACUUCAGUGUCUAAGGAGUAUUUACUGGACCUUCUUUCAGCAACAGGCUCUGAUUAAUCUGAUUUUACUCUGUAAAAACUUUAAAGCAUGAGCAGAGUUUGAGAUGCUUUGAUAUAGAAGUUUUAGGUUCUAAUUAAUAUCAGGUAGAAAACAUUUAAAUCUCUGACUGAUGAUUCAGAUGAAGCUGUUUCCUGCUUUUUGGGGCAAAUUAGGCUAACAUUAUGCAGAGUAUAUUAUGGGGUAUUUAAUAUUUUUCCAGCUGGAUUAAGGAACAUUUAAGGGUUUGAAUCUGUGGAAAAAUACAAAAUGGCAUUAAGUUUGCAAUUAAAAUAAUUUUUAAAGCGUUAACUUCUGAAAUGUUCAACUUGAUCUGAGUUUUUUUAGAGGAUUGUGUAUUAAAUUAGUUUUUUUUCCUUUGUUAAGUGUCAUCAAAUGUAUUUAUUUCCCUCUAAGUUGCAUUAAAGUACUGUAUUUAUGGGGAAAGCUGGUGUCCUUUUAAAGGCACUGAAUUUUAUCGGACUGUGGAUUGAACAGAAUAUUUCUAUUUCUAUUUUUUUUCUCAUAUGUUAGUCUCUCUUUGUCAUACCUCUAUCCUUCAGCUGGUCGUCCUUUUCGCUAUCUUUGUUUUAUUUCUUGUCCAUAAUUAAAACGCCAAGUGACUGUUUAAAUGACCUGUAAAUACGCCAUUCAAUCAAUCAAUCAAUAAAUAAACUGAUCAGGCAUGAA